GCUCAUAUAACACUUUCAGUUUCGUAUGGGUGUUUCAUUUUGUACUUUUGUGUUGUAGUAACGCCUACAUGCUAGAUCAACUUUAUCGCAAUAAAAUACAAAAUGAUUAGAGAAUUAGGCCUAGGCCUACUGCUAGCUUACUCACCCCAAGUGCAUUCAACGGGAAAAGACGAUGAUUGGGUUGACUACACAGACAUGCUGCGUUACGAUUCAGUAUCUCAAAGCAUGAGAGGAGGGGAUGAUCCAUGUGCAAAUUGCUACAAGAAAUACGGAUUAUGGGCCCCCAUAGUGGUGUUAAAGCAUGCACCGGUUGGUGACCUCCUGAAGAUCGGCCUGACUCUUCUAGUAAUUAUUCUGGGCCAUGUAUGCAUCAGGGCCCUCCGACAGUGGGGCAACCAAAGGGCCCCUCCUCCUGUCGCGGUACCCCAAGCCCAGGCUGCUCUAGAGAUUGUUGUCGGUGACGAUCGUGUAGCUGUGGAUGCUGCCACCCAGACCGAGCAAGGGAUGGAGCAGCGUCAAGCCGUGAGCCAUCAAGAGAUCCCACGUGAACCAGAGGAGAUACCACAGCGUCGCCAACGCAGAGAGGAGAGCGAGGAUUCAUCCGAUAGACCAGAGAGCCUCUCCAACACCGAGGGUCACGUGAUGAGAGCUCAGACAGGACCAGCUGCUAGAAGGGCUUCCCUUGAUAAAGAAAGACCUAACUUUAACAGACAGCUCCAAGCACAAGAGUCACAUGAUACUGUACCAUGUAGAGGAGAGGGUGAUGGUGGAACAGACUCAGACUGUGAGAGAGACUGUAGUUCUCACUUUCCAGUUCCUGAGACCACAGAACAACAGCAACAGCAAACUCAGGAUGAAGGAACAUUUGCCUCAACCAAAACACACACAGAUCCUUCUACGGUACCACCUCAAACUGAAUUAUGCCAAAGCACUGCCAAUUAAGCACUAAGAUACUAUCAACACCCCCAUGAGGCAAACAUACAAGCCUGCCUCUAAGCAGCGCUGUAUAUCUACGGCUCUAGACUCAUGGGUUCAAAUGAAUCACCGGACAAUGUAAUGUAAAAUAUAUAUAUGGAAAAGAAAGAUCUGUAGCAGUUUACUUAAUAUGUGAAGUUGGUAAGAAAAAGUGUUGCAUAAACCAAUAAAACAUGUAUGUACUCUGUAAGGCAUCUCACAUCACAUUUAAAACCACACCAGAGAGUUAUACACAAAUGAGGUUUUAUUCCCUGUGCUUCAAAAUGCUAAGUACAAAAGGAUAUCAGGGAGCUAUACAUUAUGGAGUUCAUUGUUUUACCAAACACAUAACAGAUUUUCUCAUGCACACACUGCUUACACACAUAUGGACAAUUAAAAAAAUAUAAU